GUGUGGUUUUACACUUGGACACCAAUUGGAUUGUAAACUUUUUUGGACUUUUACAAGAAGUCAAGGAAAAAUUCAGUCGAAAAAGGAGCUAGUAAUGGCUAAAAAGAAACAAGAAAUUUUAGAUUUAUCUAACAAGGGUCUUAAGUCUAUUUCACGUUAUACAAGUGGAAACCAGAAAAGGGACCACGUACUUAAACUGAUACUAGAUGAUAAUCAAUUGUCGUCCCUUGAGGGAGUCGAAUCGUUUGAUAAACUGAUUCAGCUAUUGUGUAGGCGGAAUAGACUCUUUGAUGUCAGUGGAGUCCCUCGUAAAAUAGUAAUGAUCAAUUUUCAGAAUAAUAGCAUUGUCAAUUUGCAUGGUUUCCAUGGUCUUGUAUCGCUUCAGUGGCUUUGUUUAGCUGGAAACAGCAUUAAGGAUGCUAAUGUCUUAAAUUCCUGUACUUCUCUCACUCAUAUUGAUCUUUCUGAUAACUUCAUCAAAAAACUACCCGUGUUAACUAACCUUACCUCACUAAAGACUUUGCUUCUCCAUGGCAAUGGGUUAAAAUCACUUGCUAAAACACGUGUAUCUCUCCCUUCUUUGUCAUUACACACAUUGACACUGGCUGAGAAUGGGAUAGUUGAUCUUAAUGAAUUUGUUGCUCUUCAGUGUCUUAAGUCAUUGGAGCAGUUGUCUGUGAUGGGUAAUGCAUCAACUAUUGAUGCAUCAGUUAAAAAUUUUGAUUUUGCUUGUCGUUGUUUCAUUCUCUACUGGUCUCCUCAACUGGAUGUACUUGAUGGAUCUCCUAUCACUGAGAAAGAAAGGUUUACAUCGUGGACUUUGUUCUUAGACUACACUCACUAUCCCUUUUCCACUGGCCAGCACAAAGAGCUCAUGGAAUAUUUAUCUAACAAAUGCAGCAAGUCUUUAAGCCCAGGCUUACCUCUACCCAUCAAUAAUGAGAACCUUCCUCCUCCAAACCAAGAGUCCUUUCAAGACACUCCAUUAAACCAGACCCCCAUAGACUCUUUACUAUCAUCCGUUGGUAGCAUGAAUGUGGUGGAUACCCUGAAAGCCUUGCAAUAUGUUCAAGACAUGAUCGAUAGCGAAGAGAAGCUUCUAGAGAAAUCCCAACCGGCUACUUUUCGUUCUCCUCUGAGUUCGAAAUCUCCUCUUACUCUUUCACAGUCUCACUCUCUUCCUUCCCAGCCCUCCUCCGUUCAGUCAUCACUCCAGUCAUCUCUACCUUCCUCCCAAUCCACACUUGUUCCCCCUCACUCUGUAAUAUCAUAUUCUCCUCCUCCUUCUGCUCUCUCUUCAAUUUCUUCUUUUCAUGUGCAGUCUUUGUUAUCUUCUACUCAAUCGUCAGUUCCAGUUACAUCGGUUCAUCAACCUUCAUCACUUCCGCCCACAUCCCUCCCUCCUUCCUCUCUUGUCGUAUUAUAUGAGGGAGAUAAAGAGACAAGCCCCACACCUUGCUAUUAUCCAUCAAAGAUAGAAGCUCCCCCAAAUGAAUUUAUUGCUCAUCCUUCAUCCCCCACUUCAAUGUCUUUAACGUUCAAGUGUGCUCCUCCUUCUCCUCAAAAUAAGAACUUUAGUUUUUAUCUCGACCCGAGGGAGUUGAAAGCCAUUGUUACGGUCCAGUCUCUCGUUAGAGGAUUUCUUUGCAGGAAAAGGAAUGUUAUUGAAAAGAUAAGGGCAGCCAUUUUAAUACAGUCCACUUGGCGUGGUUAUUAUGCCAGACGUUAUGACAGUGUUGUCAUUGCUGCCAUGGAGGCUCUUUACAAGAAGAAAGUCGAAGGAUACAUAGUACUGCUCGUCAGACACCUACAAGGAUGUCGUGAGGAGCUGGCUCAUCAGGUCCACAUGAACCAAAUCCAAGAGGAAACACUCAAAUCUUUAUUACUAGAUGUAGAGGAAUUAAAUCGAAUAAAGAAACGAGAAGAAAGAGUGACAAGAACAAAAGCAGCUACAAUCAUCCAGAGACAAUGGAGGAAUCACAAAGUGAGAUCUGUUACAGGAAAAAAACACAUUGCCCUGGUGACAUCACCUCUCUUAUCAGUGUGUCUAUCACUUCAGACCCAGGUAAAUGAGUUGAAAAGGCUUGUAUCUCUGAAUCAGUCUCCUUUAACUAAAAAGAUAGUUCUUCCUCCUCCUCAGUUUCUAAAGAUGUCUCACUAUUCUCAGUCUUGUCUUCUUCUUGAGUGGAGUCCUCCUGACAUUGAGUCUGUCACUGAUCAAGGUGACGUAUGUCCUCCAUUCCUGGGAUGUAGGAUCUAUGUUGAUGGAGAGUUGGAAGGAAUGGACAGCUCUGGUAAAAACAAGGCCUAUAUUGAAGGAUUAGAGACAACAGAGACUUAUAAAAUAACAGUUCGAUGUGCUUAUGAAGGAGACUUAGAAUCAAUAGAUAGCAAUCCAGUCUUUGCCAUUUACUCUCACUCUCCCUCCUUCUCAAAUGAUGAUGUGCCAGAGUCUGAGGGGCAAUGGGCCAUUGAUGAGCUCCACACUCAUACAGCAAUGAAAGGAAGGAGAAAAGCAAUUGUGGUCAUCAAGAGCAAAGAGAACCAGCUAAUAAGUGAUAAUUUGGAUAUUGUCACACGUUUCCAGGACUCCCCACACGACACUGAUGAUAAUGCUAGCAUAAGACAGGAAGGAGAAUGCAGGGAGUCGACACCAGUUGCUCUAAAGAGUGAUGAGAAUCAGGACAGGACUGUGACACAGAAGCCUAUGCAAGCGCUACAACCUGAUAAUGAAACCGCUUUAGAGUCUUGUAAAGAUAAUAAAGAAGAUAAUAAGGAAGGUGAUACGAAUACUUAUGCAUCAAAGGAAGGCGAUAUGCCAGAACUAGAGUCCACUCUUUCUCAAGAUGCAUUAGCUAGUAGUAAAAGUACUGAUGCUAGUAGCACUGUGGCACAAGAGUCAGAAGGCCACACAUCAAACAGUGAGAGUACUGAAACUAAUGAAUCAACAGAUGAGUAAUACUGAAACUGUUAUUACAUAAACUUUAGGCAGCAAAAGACAAUUAUAUUUAAACUUUAAUCUCUUAUUAUUAAUUAAUGAGGCACUGUAUUCAACUCAAAGUUAGUCAUUAAUCAAGUGUCAGUGGAUGUACUGCAGCAACUGUUAACGUAAUGGUUGAAAUUGAAUUUUUUUUCAAAAAAAACAUCACAACAUAACUCAAACAAAAUUAGAUUAAUGGUCAAGGAAAAA